CAAAAGGAAUGAAAUUUUUAUUGGGGUCAAAUUGAAUUCAUAGAAUGAAAAGCGAAUGUUUCAAAGAGUCUGUAGCAUCUUUUAUUUGAAUUUUUCGGAGUUACGAUGAAUUUUUGGUGAAUUUUAGGCGGUGAAGCAUUGCGAAAACCCAAAUCCUCCUCAGUCAUCACCAAUCACCAUCUUUGCUGUAGUUGGACUUGGAACCACGCCGACGCAUUUACCCUUAGUAACCCCCAGCAUCCUGCCUUGAGAUUCGUGCUUUUUCUUCUGAUCAAUACCUGACACUCAAGCAAAACAGAGAAGAAAGCAAGAAACGCCAUCAAAGGCUUCGAUCAAAUCCAGCUUCAGCCUUCCACGGAAGUAGGAUACAAUGGAGGGUGGUGAUGGUGGACGUCAAUUUCUAGACAGUGAUGGGGGUUCUGAUGAUGAAACUUUUGAAAGCUUUCAUGAACAUAAUUACUCUGUGGAAGAUGACAUGCCACUGCAGCAUUGCAAUUUUGUAAAUGAUGGUCUGAUUUCAAUGGAACCAUCCACUGGGAUGAGUUUUCAGUCAUUGGAUGAUGCAAGAGAUUUCUAUUAUGAAUAUGCAAAGCGUACAGGUUUCACCAUUCGAACAAAUCGAAUCCGACACUCGUUAAAGAACAUGGCUAUAAUAGGCCGGGACUUUGUUUGUUCAAGAGAAGGUUUUCGUGCCGCAAAGCAUACACUUCGAAAAGACAGGGUUCUUCCUCCACGCCCAAUCACAAGAGAAGGGUGCAAAGCCAUGAUAAGGUUGGCAGCAAGGGAUGAAGGAAGAUGGAUAGUUACCAAGUUCAUAAGAGAGCACAACCACAAACUAAUGGCUCAUUGUAAAUUUCCUGGGGAGCUGCCAAUCAUCAAUAUACUCAGCGAGGUAGAGAAGGAUAAAAAAAUCCAGGAUCUAUACGAUGAGCUCCAGCGUGAAAGAGAGCGAUCUGCAGCAUUCCAACAACAGUUAUGCAUGAUUCUCAAGGACCUUGAGGAACAUGCUGAAUAUAUCUCUGUAAGAGUUGAAGACAUUGUUAAGAGCAUGAAAGAAAUUGAACUUCGUGACCUAUAGCUUUGAAGUCAAGGGAAUGGUGCCACAUAAUUGAAUUUUGACCGAUUUUGAAAAUUUGAGUAACUGGCUCUGGUUAAAGCUAAACUCCUGAGUUGGCUUAACCAGUUUUGCUGUUGGAAAAUAGCAUGUUGUCAAGAAAGGCAUGCUGGUGACUUCUUGCUGCUUUUCAAGAAGAUGAUGUAAUGUAUUCUGGUUCAUUACCUUUUCUUAUUUUAUGGAAAAAUGGCUUCCUGUUGGUUAGGUGUAGUAACAACAUUGCCUGAAAUUUUAAAGAUGAUAUAGUUAGAUUCUUCUCUCAGACUCUGCAGCUUUCUUGAUAUGAGUUGACCAAUUUCUGCAAAAUCUUUCCAUGAUUAGAUGUUUUGUUUGUCAUAAUGUGAUUGUUUUAGAAGGCAUUACUGUCUCAAUGGUUCUAUUUGCUUUAUUUGCAAUGUUACUUUGGCUAGACCAAAUUAAAUGUGGACUAAUUGCAGGAAUGAACUGGCUAAAGAAAUCUGCAUGAGGAUGUGUUCCCCUGCUAAUAUCGACCUGAAGGAUGCCUAAGGUUAGAAACUUUUUUUUUCAUAUGAUUACUUGAUCUCUAAUACACCUAGCUCUUCCCUGCAAACCCAGUUGUGUUGGAUUUUAUUCCACAAGUUUACCAUUUUAAUGUAAAGGAUGAUAAGCACACUGUAAAUCGAGUUCCACAAGUUUACCGUAUUCAGCUUGCCUAUUUUAGUGCUAACCUUGAGCCUGGAAGGUGGCUUGUGUUCCACUUCGACACUAGGUCGUCUUUGUCCAAGUGUGAACUGCAGAUGACUCUCCUGUAGUUCCAUUCCUUCUUACUAUACUUCUGGGUCAACCGAACCUGAACGGGAAGAAGAGGAUCAGCCAAACAGCAGGCAGCUCAACUUUGUACAUUAUCUGAGGCAGACCAAUCCAUCAUUUUUCAAUGAAAGGUCAAAAUUUGUGUCGUUUCAUUACAUUGCACAGUUGUUCUAAAGGAUGACAAUCAUGUGCUGCAAUUCUAGCUCUAAGAUUGAGACUGGCAUUCAGCGUGUCUCCUUUUAUACGUUUCUUUUAGCAGGACGUACAUGUGCACCGAGUUUAUCCAAGUUAUAAUAUUUGUACAUCUAAAUUCUGUAUUCUAAAUGGUCAAUCCUAGACUCGUACUCAUUGUGGAUUUGUAACAACACGUGACAUGCCAUGGGGAUUUAUUGUGAAAUACAAUUAUGUCUCUGUUUUUGCAA